AUGAGUGCAAAAUCCAAACCAGUGUUUUUGGAUAUUGAUUCCAGCAUUGUGGAAAAUAAUUUACGUUUUGCGCAAAAUGAGGAAGAAGACUUUACAAAAUUGUUUACUAAUGCAACAAAGCCUUCUAAACUUGUUAAACCCAGUCCAGGUUUAUGUGUAAAAACUAAAGAAGUAGGAACAUCAACCAAAGUAUUUGUCAACGUAUGUCAAACAGACGCUAUACCCCCACCUAAAGAAAUAACCGAACAAGAAUUACUAGAACUUCUUAAAGAUGAGGAACCGGACUUCAAAGUCCCUAUGAGUAUUGGAGAAACAAGAACUGAAAAAGACAAAAACAAUAUCGACGCCAAAGUGGUUGAUAUCGCGAUUAACCCGAAAUUUUUUAAAAAGAUAGAAUCCAUACAGUCUUUUAAGGAGUUUUUUAUGGCUGUAGCAUUUCAAAUUAUUAUAAUUUUAUUUUUUGAACACAAAUACGGGUUGGUCUGCGUGGACGAAAAAAUAAUUCUGCGCAACAAAAGAGCUUUUGGAAUUCUGCAAAGCCACAGAAUUGAACAGAGGGAAAUCGACGAGAAAAUGGGAAAACAGGCGGAAAGUAAUAAGUCCGUUUUGGAUAAAAUUACGGGUAGGACUGAGGAACCAAAGAAAAAAGUAUUGAUUGAAACCAUAUCCAGUGCUGAGAAUAAAGUCAAGGAGCCCGAGUAUAGACUUUAUAAGAAAAAGGGCGGGCAAAAUUGCUUGAUUGGCGAGUUCAGGCUGCCAAAUUUGGUGUCAGUUAGCGAACUUACACUGGACAUUGGUGAAGACCGUAUUUUAUUGGAAUCCACAGCGAAAGGUUACUUCUUGGACAUUUUCGUCCCAUAUGUAGUCCGGCGAGAAAGUUGUACAUCUACAUUUGAAAAGGCUUCCAAGGUAUUAACAGUAACAAUGCCCUUAGUGGGUGGAUAAAAUUAUUAAGGCAUUACAGCACAAUUCGUUUUUAUUAGAAUUUAGUGCACUUUAAAAUUAUAAAAUAAUAUUUUAAGUUUAAGGAUCUGAAUUUGUACAUUUUAUUGUUUUUUUUAAUAAAUGUUCUUUAUUAUGCAUAUUGCCUUUUUUACUAUUUACAAUUCCUAUUUAAGUACCUCAUUUUUUUAAAGAUUACAAUUUAUUUCAUAUAAUUAAUAUAUUAAGCAAAUUUUUGCUAAAUUGUGCAGAAUAAAUUUAAAUGUAAUAAUUAAUUUAGCAUCUUAUUACCAACAAAUUUGUUGUGACUGGAAACAAAAAGAAUUAAUUCUAAUGUCAACCAAAUUAUGAAACCACAAAUUGUGCUUUUAAUC